AUGGGUUAAUAACUAUUUAGUAACUAAGCAAAAAAUUAAGAUAAAAAUUUAAUAAAAAAAUAAGAGUAAGAUAGCAUUAAAGAAUUACUUAACUAAUACAAUUAUGAAUACAUAGCAUUAUAAGGUAUUAAAUAAUCCUCUUAGGUGAUUAUAGCAUUUUCUUAAAAAUUGUAAUGUAAUGUUGCAAUUGAGAUAUUUAAAAUACUCAACACAUAAAAAAAUGGAAUCAACUUGUAAGAAUUAAACUAAUAAAUUACAUCUAAUUAACAAUUUAGAAAUGAAAAAUAUGCCAUGUGUAUAAUUGAACUCAUUUAUGAUAGAAAAUAAGGAUUAUUAGGGAUUGUUACUGAGCUUUUUGAUAGUGAUUUAAUUACAAUUUUAGACUUAAAUGUUCUUAACAUAGAUUAAAUCAUAGCAAUGACCUAUUAGCUAAUAAAAGGUAUACUUUUAAUCUCAGAAAAUGUGAUUAAAAGUUCUUAUAUUUCAUCUGAUAGCAUAGUUUUUAGUAAAUCUAAAAAUUGCUUCUUAAUUGUUGAUCAUGAAGCAAAAGUAAAUCUUAUUACUUAACCUGUAAAGGUUGAGAGCAAAGAAACAGAUUCGGUAUAAAAUAGUGUUUUUUCAAUAGGACUACUUGUUACUGAAACUCUAAUAUAAAGGAGACUUACAUCUAUUGAGCAAAUGUAUUUGAAACACUAAAAUAUAUUUGAAGUAUUACCUUCUUUAAAAAAUUCAAAGCACUUUGAAUUUAUAAGCAAAAUACUUUAUUAAAUGUUAUAAUCUGCAAGAAACAAGAUGUUUCAUUUAUAAGCUCUACUCUAAAUAAUAGAUGAGUUUGAUAUUGAUGAGAAUUCCCUAAAAUCGAUGAAAUUAAAAAAUAAAAAUGCAAAGCUUAUAAUAAAUACGAUUAGCGACAUUAUCAAAGCAACAAAUUAUUAUGAUGAAUUAGAAUUAAAUCUACAUAGUUUUAAAACAGAAUAAGCAACAAGUAUUGCAUAGAAUUUAGAAAAAUGCUAAAAUGUUACUACUUUUGAUAUAAAUUUAGGAUGGAUUUAUAUUACCAUAGAAGGAGCUACAGAUAUUCUAAAAAUAUUACAAAAAUGUUAAAAAAUUAUUUCUUUGGGUCUCAAUUUAAGAGGUAAUAGGCUAGGAGCAGAAGGGGUAAAAAUUAUUGGUGAAGGCUUAUAAAUGUGUCAAAAUCUAAGCUCUUUAAAUAUAUCAUUAAAUAGUAAUAAUCUUGAUGCAGAAGGAGCAAAAUAACUUGGAGUAUCGUUAGAAAAAUGUCUAAAUAUAACUUAUUUGAAUAUUGACUUAAGCAAUAACAAACUUGGUGUUGAAGGUGCAUAAUAUAUUGGCUUUAGCUUAAAAAAGUGUCAAAAUAUUAAGUAUUUAAAUCUAAAUCUUAAAUGGAAUUUUAUAGAAGUAGAAGGAGCAUAAAGUAUUGAAAUGAGCUUAUAAAAUUGUCAAAAUAUUACUUUUUUAUAUUUAACUUUUGGCUUAGAUAAAUAGAGAUCAAAUGUCUUGGAAUAAAGUUUGAGAAAAAAGAUAAUUCAUUGCGUGCAGCUAAUUAUUUAUUGUUGAAUCAAGCAAUAAAAAACUCUAAUAAAUUUAAUAAGAUUUAUUUUUCUUUCAC